AUGGCAGCCGAGGCAAGGAUGCUGGAGCUGCCCUUCAUCCAUGAUGACCAGCUCACCCGCUGCAUGCAUCUGCGCUUCCAAAGCCUGCAGCAAAAACAGGUGAGGCCUCAGGAUGGAGAGAAGCUGCUGCAUCCCAAUGAGCACAUCUACAGGGUGGAUUUCAUCCAGCAGCACAACCUGCGCUUCCUCCGCUGGGACAUCCAGCUGGACACACCCGGGAAGGUCACAGUAACCGGCACCUCUCAGCACUGGACUCCCGAUCUCACCCACCUUAUGAACCGGCAGCUGCUGGAGCCCGUGGGCAUCUUCUGGAAGAAGCCAGGGGCCAAGGAGGUGGAGUGCAAUGAGGCAGAUGCCCAGGAGUUUGGGGAGAGGGUGGCAGAGUUAGCCCAGAUCCGAAAGGUGAUGUAUUUCCUCUUCGCUUUCACCGGCGGCCUCGAACCAGCUCAGCUGAAGGGCUCCAUUGUUUUUAAAGCCUGA